GCGUAAGCAAUCGCUCGGUCUGCCUCGCAAGCCCGAGUGUUUGUGUUGUGAACAGCCCUGCGAACACUGCCGAGGAGGUUGUGGCCACGGGCUGCGGUGGGCUGCCAUAUGUGCUUUCAGUUCCCCCCGUCUUACACAAUAAAUAACGAGCAACUGAGGGAAGCAGUUGUUUGCACAGGCUCUCCUUCCAGCAGCACAGCUGGCGACUGCUCAUGGGCAAUUCCUAUCACGAAAACACAGGUUCCAGCUUCACUUCGGGCGUUACCUCCUUAGCCUGAGACCGCACUGAGGGAGGUGUGAGGGGAGAGCCGCCGCUGUUACCGCGGCGCUUCCCUGGGGCCGGGGCCGGGGGCAGCGGCGGCCCCGCCGUCACUGCCGGGCGCCGAGCGGGCCCCGAGCGGAAGCGGAAGCGGCGCGGGCGGCGGGAGCCGGGCGGGCGCGGGCCGCUCGCAGGUGCGGUACCGCGGUCUGCUAUAAAAUGGGAGUACUUAUUGCAGUUCUUGGAAUCUGGUUCAGCUCUUCACUUGUAAAAGCAGAUUCCAAGGCUGUGACAACAUCUCUAACUACAAAGUGGUCUUCAACUCCUUUACUCCUUGAAACAAGUGAAUUUUUAUCAGAAGAAGGUCAAGAAAAGUUCUGGAAUUUUGUUGAAGCCAGUGAGAAUAUUAAGACAGCUGAACACGAUGGUAGUGAUUAUUCUUCUUACCAGGAGAUGCUGAAAGUGGCCUGCCAGACUCUGUCACCUUUGCAGCAGAAUUUGUUGAAGUUUUCCCUGUCUUUACGCUCCUACUCUGCGGCAGUUCAAGCUUUUCAACAGAUAGCAGCAGAUGAAUCUCCACCAGAGGGCUGUACCCUGUUUUUUGUUGUGCAUGGGGAGAAAACAUGUGAAUUGGACUCUCUUGGAAACCUUUUACAGGCAGCUUCAGACAGGCCAAAGCCAUUUUUGUUCAAGGGGGACCACAAGUACCCAGCGUCAAACCCCGAGAGUCCUGUGGUCAUCCUUUAUGCAGAGAUUGGCUCAGAGGGGUUCUACAGACACCACAGGAGCCUUGUCUCCAAGGCUGAGGCAGGAGAAAUCACCUAUGUGCUCAGACACUACAUUGCUAAUCCCAGCAAGGAAAAGGUCUACCUCUCUGGCUAUGGUGUAGAGCUGGCUAUUAAAAGUACAGAAUAUAAGGCCAAGGAUGAUACCCAGGUGAAAGGCACAGAUGUGAAUGCCACAGUCAUAGAUGAAGAUGACCCUAUUGAUGAAGUGCAAGGAUUUCUGUUUGGAAAACUAAGGCAGCUGUAUCCUGACUUGUCAGAAGAGCUGAAAGAGCUCAGAAAACACCUCGUGGAAAGUACCAAUGAAAUGGCCCCUUUGAAAGUAUGGCAGCUACAAGAUCUGAGUUUUCAAACUGCUGCUCGCAUUUUGACUGCUCCCCCCGUGGAUGCUCUGAUGGUCAUGAAGGAUCUUAGUCAGAACUUUCCUACAAAGGCCAGAGCCAUAACAAAAACAGUUGUUUCUUCAGAACUCAGAGCAGAAAUUGAGGAGAACCAAAAGUAUUUCAAGGGAACAUUAGGAUUGCAACCAGGAGAUUCUGCCCUAUUCAUCAAUGGACUACUUAUUGAUUUAGACACUCAGGAUAUAUUUAGCCUGAUCGAUGUGCUGCGCAGCGAGGCCCGCGUGAUGGAGGGCCUGCACAGCCUGGGCAUCGAGGGCGUUUCCUUGCACAACGUCCUGAAGCUGAACAUCCAGCCCUCAGAUUCUGACUAUGCCGUGGACAUCAGGAGCCCUGCCAUCUCAUGGAUCAACAACCUGGAAGUUGACAGUCGAUACAAUUCCUGGCCUUCCAGUGUGCAAGAGCUGCUGCGUCCCACCUUUCCCGGCGUGAUCAGGCAGAUUAGAAAAAACUUCCAUAAUUUUGUGCUGAUAGUGGAUCCUACCCAUGAGACCACAGCAGAAUUACUGAAUGUGGCAGAAAUGUUCUUCAGUAACCACAUCCCACUGAGGAUAGGACUGGCCUUUGUGGUUAAUGAUGCAGAGGAUGUUGAUGGACUUCAGGAUGCUGGUGUUGCCCUCCUGAGGACAUACAAUUAUGUGGCACAAGAAGUGGACAAUAAUUACGCUUUUCAGACCGUCAUGUCUAUCUAUAACAAAGUGAAAACAGGGGAUCAGCUGAAAGUGGAGCAUGUUGUUAGUGUUCUUGAGAAACAGUAUCCUUAUGUGGAAGUCAGCAGCGUCCUGGGAAUCGAUUCUGCCUAUGAUCAAAACAGAAAGGCAGCAAGAGCUUACUAUGAGCAAACGGGUGUGGGCCCUCUCCCUGUGGUCCUGUUCAAUGGAAUGCCCUUCCAGAAGGAUCAGCUGGAUCCUGAUGACCUGGAAACUGUGACAAUGCACAAAAUCCUGGAAACCACAAGCAUCUUCCAGAGAGCCGUGUACCUGGGUGAACUAUCUAAUGAUCAAGAUGUGGUUGAGUAUAUCAUGAACCAGCCUAAUGUUGUUCCAAGAAUUAACUCAAGAAUCCUAAGGUCUGACAGAGAGUACCUAGAUCUGACAGGAAUAAAUAACCAUUUUGUGGAUGACUUUGCUCGAUUUACCACAUUGGGUUCUAAAGAUAAGACAGCUGCUGUUGCAAACAGCAUGACCUACUUAACCAAGAAAGGAAUGUCUUCCAAGGAGAUCUAUGAUGAUUCCUUUGUUAGACCAGUUACCUUUUGGAUUGUUGGUGAUUUUGAUAAACCUUCAGGGAGGCAAUUGUUGUAUGAUGCCAUUAAACAUCAGAAAUCCAGCAAUAACGUUCGAAUUAGCAUGAUCAAUAAUCCUAGUGAAGAACCCAACAGCCAGAAUACAGUGGUAGCUAAAGCCAUAUGGGCAGCUUUGCAGACACAAACCUCAAAUAAUGCCAAGAACUUCAUCACCAAGAUGGCAAAAGAAGAAACUGUGAAGGCACUGGAGGCAGGAGCUGACAUCUUGGAAUUUGCUGUUGGGGGCAUGGAUACCAAUAUUUUCAAAGAAGCCUUUGAGUCUCCCAAGAUGGAUUUUGUUCUGUCCCAUGCUGUUUAUUGCAGAGAUGUUCUAAAGCUGAAGAAGGGGCAGAGGGCUGUGAUCAGCAAUGGACGGAUUAUUGGCCCAUUAGAGGAUGGAGAGAUGUUCAACCAGGAUGAUUUUCAUCUCCUUGAAAAUAUCAUACUAAAGACAUCAGGACAGAAAAUCAAAUCUCAGAUUCAGCAGCUGGGAUUUGAAGAAGAUCUGGCAAGUGACUUGGUAAUGAAAGUGGAUGCUCUUCUUUCUGCCCAGCCAAAAGGAGAGGCAAGGAUUGAAUAUCAUUUUUUUGAAGAACGAUACAGUGCAGUUAAACUGAGACCAAAAGAGGGGGAGACAUACUUUGAUGUUGUGGCUGUUGUUGAUCCCGUGACCAGAGAUGCUCAAAGACUUGCUCCGUUACUUUUGGUUUUGAACCAAUUGAUAAAUAUGAACCUGAGAGUGUUUAUGAACUGCCAGUCUAAGCUUUCUGACAUGCCACUGAAAAGCUUUUACCGCUAUGUUUUGGAGCCAGAGAUUUCUUUCACAGCAGAGAAUAACUUUGCUCCAGGACCCAUUGCCAAGUUUUUAGAUAUGCCCCAGUCUCCCCUGUUCACUCUGAAUUUAAAUACUCCUGAGAGCUGGAUGGUGGAGUCUGUUAGAACCCCCUAUGACCUUGACAAUAUCUUCUUAGAGGAGGUGGACAGCGUUGUAGCUGCAGAGUAUGAGCUGGAGUACCUGCUGCUGGAGGGACACUGCUAUGACAUUACAACUGGGCAGCCACCCCGGGGCCUCCAGUUCACCCUGGGCACCUCCACCAGCCCUGUCAUCGUGGAUACCAUCGUAAUGGCCAACCUGGGCUACUUUCAGUUAAAAGCCAAUCCUGGUGCUUGGACUCUAAGACUGAGAAAAGGCAGAUCUGAAGAUAUUUACAGGAUCUACAGCCACGAUGGCACAGACUCUCCACCUGAAGCUAACGAGGUUAUUGUUGUUCUCAAUAACUUCAAGAGCAAAAUUAUUAAAGUCAAGGUUCAGAAAAAGUUUGAUAUGAUGAAUGAAGAUCUACUAAGUGAUGGCACCAAUGAGAAUGAAUCUGGAUUUUGGGAAUCUCUCAAAUGGGGAUUCACAGGAGGACAAAAGAAUGAAGAUGUGAAACAGGAUAAAGAUGAUGUACUAAAUAUAUUCUCUGUGGCUUCAGGACACCUAUAUGAGAGAUUCCUACGCAUAAUGAUGUUGUCUGUGCUGAAACACACCAAGACUCCUUUAAAGUUCUGGUUUCUGAAGAACUACUUAUCACCUACAUUCAAGGAGUUCAUCCCAUACAUGGCCAAGAAAUACAAUUUCCAGUAUGAGCUUGUCCAGUACAAAUGGCCACGCUGGCUGCACCAGCAGACAGAGAAGCAGCGGAUCAUCUGGGGUUACAAGAUCCUCUUUCUAGACGUGCUCUUCCCACUAGCUGUUGAUAAAAUCCUGUUUGUGGAUGCUGAUCAGAUUGUGCGCACAGAUCUGAAGGAGUUGAGGGAUUUCAAUCUGGAUGGUGCUCCUUACGGAUACACUCCCUUCUGUGACAGCCGGAGGGAAAUGGAUGGCUACAGGUUCUGGAAAUCAGGGUACUGGGCAAGUCAUUUAGCUGGAAGAAAAUACCACAUCAGUGCUCUGUAUGUUGUGGAUCUGAAGAAGUUCAGAAAGAUAGCAGCUGGAGAUCGACUCAGAGGACAGUAUCAGGGGCUGAGCCAGGAUCCAAACAGCCUGUCCAACCUUGAUCAGGAUCUGCCAAACAACAUGAUCCACCAAGUACCAAUCAAGUCCCUUCCCCAGGAGUGGCUGUGGUGUGAAACAUGGUGUGAUGAUUCCUCAAAGAAGAGAGCAAAAACCAUUGAUCUGUGCAACAACCCAAUGACCAAAGAGCCCAAGCUGCAGGCAGCCAUGAGGAUAGUUCCAGAAUGGCAGGACUAUGAUCAGGAAAUCAAACUGCUCCAGAGUCAUUUCCAGAAGGAAAAAGAAAUGGGAACACCAGCUGAGAUGCCAGGACAACACACACAUGAUCCAGAAGCACAUGUGGAAUUAUGAUCCAUGGAGACAAACUCAAGUUAGACUCUUUCAUAGACAAUUUUUAUAUUGAAAGCUAGGUUUUUUUCCGGUGUGUCUGCAAAACUGCUGAAUAAUUGAAUGGGAUGAUGUAUGCAUUUCUAUUACUUGCCUUUGGGUUAAUUUCUGCAUAUGAAAUAGGAUCUGGAUUGCUGGAAUUAGCAUUACUGGUGUUUUGCACCUGUGGUGGAGAUGAAAGGAGCCCAGGAUGGAAUUUAGUGUUUCAGAAACAAAGCUUCACAAUCCACCAGAAGAGCCACAGCCUGUUCCUUCAGCUGUUGCUGCCUCCACCACUGAUGAAGCUCCAGUUUAGCCUCAGAUCUAACUUGAGAGGCUGGGAAUUGCAGGCACACCUCCUAACCUCAUCUGAUGGACAUAAUUUCUCCAGGUAACAUUAUAAAGCUCUAAAUUAUGCCUUGAAUUUGGGACACUCUUUCACCUUCAGGUUUUCAAGCAUUUGAAAAUACUUCUUGGAUUUGUUCAGUCUGCCCUCGAUUUUGUAACAAAACCAGCAUUAUUUUGAUUUUCUAUUUCCUGUCUUCAUUCAUUGCCCAACUUUUGAUGGUUUGGCUAAAUGUAAAGCUACCACAAUCUAUUUAAAUGCCCACCCAAAUGCAAAUGCCUAAGCUUACAAAGUGAGCAGAACAGAGAAUUUGGCAGCUGAGUUCAUCCUGGCCUAUAUGACUUGAAUCAAAGUGCCCUCCCUUCCUCCUGCUCCAAGUGUAAAUCAGUCUGCAAAACUGGUAGGGCCUUACUUUUGCUGUGGUUCACUGAUUCAUGAAUGUUUUUUUGUUUAUGAAAAAUCUGUGGAAGCUUGGAAGUUUAUCAUCAUGUAAAUUUCAUUAACUUUAUUUUUCUUCAAACAGAGAUGUUGUCACAUCAAUAAAAACUUCAGAGUUCAUAGGUCUUAA